AUGGACCGAUUUUUAGCCCCCCCAUCCUCCUUGGCUGCAGCUGUCUCUGAGUUGCUGGAAACACGGAAGAAGCAGAGGCUCGAGGGACUUGCUCCAGUGACCCCGGCAAGGUCUCCGGAGGGGCAGGAGAGCCACACGCCACUGGGCAGAACAGCCCUAGACGGCGUCGUGGCCGAAAGCGCGGCCUCAGGAACGCGGGGCCCCGUCCUGUCUGGGCCACCGCCACAUCGGAGAGGGCCGGCGGGCGAUUGCCCUUCCCACGUCUCCCCCUGCCCCAACUCCGGGCCGAGGAGUGGGCGCCCCGAAGGGAACCGGCUCCCUUCCUCCUCCCUGGAUCUUGGCCCGCGCAGCGCGGAGUUCGGACAGCCAGGAGGAGAACCUCAACGUGCCGCGCCCUCCCUCCCGCGGCUGCGGGCCAGGGCUGUGGCGGGGGUGCCCAUUUUUCCUGGAUUCCUUGCGCGCACGGUCACGGGCGCAGAAGCGGCCAAAUCUGCCAGCCCUGGGCUUCGAGGCCGCCCCCCGUUCUCCACGGCCGCGCCGGGUGCGCCUCCGGCCCCGAAGGGCAGCACCCGGCGGCGGCCAGCUCCCGCCAGCCGGCCCUGCCCCGCCGCGCCCCCUCGGGCACCGCCUCCUUCUGUAAAUACAGCGGCGGCCCGCCCUCCGCGCCCGGACGCGCAGGUGGGAGCGUGCGGUGCCGGCCGCCGCAGGGAGGCCGCGCCCAGCCGGGUGCCCACGGCCAGCGCCGCCUCCCAGAGCGCGGACCCCGAGGCCCGUGCCAGGCUCCCGGGACGCGCCCCGGCGCAGGCAGCGCGCACGCCGGACGAAGCUUCAGGUAAGCGGCUCUGGUCCCCGCGCUUCUCCGCACUCGCGCGCGGGGUCUGGCGCUGCGCUUUUGGGACCAAGUCUUGGGGCGAGACGCGGCGCCAGCGCGGGAGACCGCGAGCUAAACCUGCAAGGCUGGGAGCCUCAAGCUGA